AUGGCUCUAGAGAGAUCCCCUCCGCGCGCCCCCUCAACUCCCAGUGACUCCUUCUUGGAGGAAUGUGACCAAGGCGGCAAUGAGGCCGUCUCUGUCCCCUUGACCCAAAAUGAGGAGGAGACGGAGAGUGACAGCUCCGCCUCUACCUCUGAGAGCAGUGACGAUUUACCCCCGCUUCAGGAUAAAGAAGCUUUAAACAUGUUGACAACAGAGAAGACUCCCCAGCGAUCCUCCGCACUCAUCCGCAAACAGCUUGCGAAAAAAGCUGCGGCUGAGGUCAAGGCCAAGGGGGGAGAGGUUGGAAAGGCGUUUAAGAAGCAACUCAAACGGGCUAGGGAGGAGACCCCCUCCAUUCUCCACAAAUCGAAGAAAUCCACCUCCGCCUCAACUCCUGGCGCCUCAGCCGGGAAACAACAAUUACGGAUAGCGGGGCGGAUCGAGAGGGCGUCCAGAAUCCAGCAGCUGGAGGCGGAUCUAGAGACAGCCAAACAGCGAGAAAGUGAUGCUGAGACAGCCCAGAAGAAGGCAGAGGAGGCCCGGGAGAAGGCGGAUGAGGGCGCCAAAAAGGCUGAUGAGGCGCUCAAGAAGGCCCAGGCGGACCUUGGCACACUUCAGGGUGUUUCUGAAGCGAACACCAAACUGAAGGCCAAGGUUGAGAAGCUAGAGAAGGAGGCUGCUCAGGCUCAGAAGAACUUUGCAGUAACCCUGGAGGCGGAGCAGAACCGCCUAGUUGCUGAAAGUGACGCUGACAAUGACGCCCGUAUGAAGAUCGCCUGGGCUGCUUUUUACCCAAACGCGGAUUACAACGUCUGGGCACUGGCUCACAGCUAUGCCGAGUACGUGGUGUACUUAAGGGAUAGAGGCGAGCCAGAGCCUGACUCUUUUGAAGCCUGA